CAAUGUAUUGUUACAAUUUGAAACAAUCGUUAAAAAACUUGCAAGUGUUAUCUGAGGAUUACUUGUUUCUUAUUGUCUAUUCAACUAUAAAAGUCCAUAUGUGCUCUUGUAUGACGAUCAGUUGUUUUUCGUUCCGAAUCUCGAAAUCAUCAAAGCAUCGAAACAUGUGGCCCAGGAAUUUCUUUGUACUCCUUUUUGGAGCUGUGCUUUUAAUCACUAUAGCUAUGACUCAAGCUCAGCCCGAUGAGCCAGAUGUUGCUGUUGUUGAUCCAACACCGCCAACUAGGAGACCUACACGUCCGACCGGGAGACCUAUACUCCCUCAAAUAGAUGACCUACGCCUUCAACUAGAUGACCUACGCCAACAGCUAAUAAUCCUACGUCUCCAAACAGGAGAGAUACUCAUACGACUAGGAGACUCUACUACUAGAAGACCAAGCUAAUUUUUUCCAUUACCAGGCAAAGUCUUUCCGAGAGGCGAAAAUUGAAAAACAUGCCGCUAGUUGAAAGGAUUAUUAAUAUAACUGUAAUAUGUGUACAUGCAAAUAUUUAAAUUUCCAAGAAUUCCUAUAAAAUAUUAUUUUUCCUGUAAUAAAAUGACGUGAGUUCAUAUGAAGCCUCCUUUGUUUUAAAUACAAAUAAAAACAAUUAUCAGACCGACGUCAUAGUCGAAGAUUUAGCUAUGUGUUGAAAAAAUGUCCUUGAGUUGGAGUCCAGACACAAUGUUAAAGUCACAGCGUACAAAUAAAUGAAUAUUUUUAAGGCAACCAAGACCUCUUGGCCUAAAAUUUCGUCUGUGUGUAGCGCUGGAUUCGAGUUUUUUCUAAAAAUCGUACUCACUGCCAGAUUUAAUACUCGUCAUGGCCUGAAAGGAUCUGCCAAGGAAGAAAAGAAUUCGCUAAACAACGGACGCUAAGUUCGACGUAUUUCAUGAAAGUUAAUUACU